GCAAGAAACGGUAAAAUUUGCUGUUCUUUUUCUUCCUUUGCUACGAGUUCUAAACACCUUUCCCGCGUUUUCCGGCCCCGUGACCCGCAUUUGACCCUGACGUCAUCACACGUCAUCAGACACACCCCCAGUUCUUCCUCCGGGUUUGCCACAUUUGAGUCCAACAUGGCCGCUAACAACGGGUGCAUCGAUGGCGACAACGCCGGCUUUCUUUCCGCCUUUCCUCACUUCGCUACGGACGCGAUUCACGCAGGACAAGACCCUGAACAGUGGAACUCCAAGGCUGUUAUCCCACCAAUUUCCCUAGCAACGACGUUCAAGCAAAAAGCGCCCGGACAACACUCGGGUUUUGAGUACUCCCGUGCUGGAAACCCCACACGGAACUGUCUGGAGGAGUGUUUCGCUGCCUUGGAGAAUGGAAAGUAUGGCCUGACGUUCUCCUCCGGCCUGGCUGCCACAGACACCAUCACAAAACUCCUGCAGCAGGGAGACCACAUUGUCAGUAUGGAUGAUGUCUACGGAGGUACUAACAGGUAUUUCCGUCGGGUGGCCAGCAGGAACGGCAUUGAGACCAGUUUUGUGGACUGCACAGAUGCAGCAAACGUAGCAGCAGCUAUCAAGCCGAACACCAAGUUGGUUUGGAUUGAGACCCCGACUAACCCCACCCUGCGAGUGGUGGAUAUCCAGGCUGUGGCUGAUGUGGUGAAGGGGAGGGACAUCAUACUGGUCGCUGACAACACCUUCAUGUCUUCUUACUUCCAGCGCCCCCUGGACCAUGGAGCUGAUAUUGCAUUUCACUCGGUCACCAAGUACAUGAACGGCCACAGUGAUGUAGUGAUGGGAGCUGUGGUCACCAACAGGGACGAUAUCCACGAGAAACUGCGCUUCCUGCAAUAUGCGGUUGGCGCCGUCCCUGCUCCAUUCGACUGUUUCCUUGUGAAUCGAGGCCUGAAGACCCUUGCUGUGAGGAUGAAGCAGCACUACCAGAAUGGACUAGCCGUGGCCAAGUUUCUGGAGAGUCACCCCUGUGUCAUCCACAGCUUCUACCCUGGCCUGCCCUCCCACCCGUCCUACCCUGUGAUGCAGAAGCAGGCGACUGGCUGUUCCGGCAUGGUGACCUUCAGGAUCAAGGGCGGCGUGGAGUGUGCCAGCAAGUUCCUACAGUACCUCAAGAUCUUCACCCUGGCUGAGAGUCUGGGAGGUAUCGAGAGUCUGGCUGAGAUCCCUGGCCUGAUGACGCACAUGUCAGUUCCGAAGGAGGACCGUGACAAACUCGGUAUCCAUGACGACCUGAUCCGCCUGUCCUGCGGCAUUGAGGAGACCUCUGACCUCAUCGCUGACCUCGACCAGGGGCUCAAGAAGGCCGUUCCAGAAGAGUUGCGGAAAUAAGAAACUGCUGCUACUGACCUGCAUACAGUGAAAACGUGCGGGGAAAAUGUGGGGUGGGGUGUUGGAAAUUCAAAACAGUGAAACACAUGUACAUGUACAUGUGCAUGUGGGGUGGGGUGGGAUGUUGGAAAUACAUAACUGUCAAACCUGUCAAAAGUGACCUUGAUGAAAAGGACCUUGAUGAAAAUGUACUAGUAAGGCUGGGAAAAUAACGAUGAUAUGAAUUGUAUCCUCUUUUACUCAAGGACCUUGAUGAAAAUGGUCACAGGUGGUCACUAUAGACAAAAUUCUUAGUUCUUGGGAAGAAAAUAAUCUCUAAGGGAACACUAAAAAGUGGAUGCAUUGGUGUCACUACUACAGGUUUGACUGUAUAUUUAGGAUGGGAUGUU